AUGGUUAAAGUAUGGCAAACAGCAGAGAUAGUAGAGGCAUAUGAUGGACAUAAAUUAAAAGUAAGAACAAUUAAAUCAAGAGCUGAAAAAGUCAUUAAUAGAUCUUCGGAUGAAGAACUUCCACCUCUUCAGAAUCCUGAUAUACUUCUCGGAAUAAAUGAUCUGACUUCACUAUCAUUCCUACAUGAACCAGCUAUUCUGUACAAUUUAUAUAGUGGAUUUAUUCAAAGUCAUGCAAUUUACACUUAUUGUGGUAGUGCGCUAGUGGCUAUCAACCCUUAUAAAGAUCUUGAUAUCUAUGGUACUGAUUCCAUGAAAAAAUAUAGAGGUCAAACAAUGGGCAGUUUAGAACCCCAUAUAUUUGCUGUUGCAGAACAAGCAUUUAAUAAAAUGGAGAUAGAAAACAAUAACCAGAGUAUCAUAGUUUCUGGUGAAUCUGGUGCAGGAAAAACAGUUUCUGCUAAGUAUGCAAUGAGGUAUUUAGCUUUCAGAAGUAAGUCGAAAACUGAAACUGAAAAUGAGAAGAAAGUUUUGGCUUCUAAUCCCAUCAUGGAGGCUAUUGGAAAUGCCAAAACAACCAUAAAUGAUAAUUCAUCUCGUUUUGGAAAGUAUAUUGAACUUCAUUUUAAUGAUCGGAAUCACAUAACAGGGGUCAGUAUGCAAACAUAUCUACUUGAAAAGUCUCGUGUUGUACACCAAGCCAGUCACGAACGAAAUUAUCAUAUAUUUUAUCAAUUAUAUUCUUCUCGUAAUAUGUUCCCUCAAUUAAAACUAGGUGAAUGAUAAAUACAAUAUUAACAUAAUAUUCUAGAU